CCGCGAACGCUGGCGUUCGGUUACGGUUGUGCUGCGACAGUCUCGUGACGAGAUGUCCUCCGCGGUGGUGAUCUUUGGAGCAUUCUCGCGUCCCCCUCGCUCAGCGACAAGCGAUCGUCGUCGUCCGGCGACCGACGUCACUCACGUAUCGUCGUCGGCACGCCCGCCGCGACAUCGAUUCAUCGAUGGACUCGUAGCUGCGGCGGUAAUUCAAUAAGAGGGAAAGAGAGAGUGUACUUAGGAUCGGCGCGCCCGAAUUAACGCGGCCUUCGUUGUCGUCACCGACAAGGUCGCUUGUGGAAGCUGCGAACAGACACGACGCCACGCGAUUCGACGCGAAGCGGUCACGUGGCCGUUCAUCCCUCCGUUCAACCGUGUGUUUACCUUCGUUCGAUCUCGUAUGCGCGACGGGCGUCGAAUUGACGAACAGUGCAACGUGAUGUCGGCGCGUUCAUCCCGCGUGCUCAUCAAUAUGUGACGCGCGUGCUCAUCUCUCUUCAUGAAGUCCGGAUGCUGCGUGUCCACGUUGAGGAGACAGGUGAGGCUGUCAUCAAAUCAAAGGUCGCCGUGACGAAGGAUCAAUAGAGAAAGAAGAGGACGAGUCGACCUAAAAGAGGGCUUCGAUGGAUCUCGUUUGAAACCUCAAAGGCCAAGGCUGCCUCUUAGCUCGAACUGCGAGGGAAGGUGAAAGAGCAAGAUAGAGAUCGGUAUAGAGAGAAAGAGAUGAGCUAUCUGACACGUGGGCGGACUCUGAAGACUCGCAAACUCGAGCGUCGCUGAAAGAGAGAGGAGAAAGAGAGGCGAGAAAGUGAGAAAGGUGGAAGAGGGGUUGCGCGCGCACUUUAGGCACAUAGGCGUCUGCUUCCAUAUUAAUGCUUAAUUAUCUUCGUUGAAGGGGAUUUGAUGAGAGUCCGUAAGGGUGAUGCUUUUGGCGAACGGAAAUAAGAAGCCGCGGGCGCCCUUUUCUUCCUUCGUGCCCGUUAAGGGGGGUGGGGUAGAAGGACUGGGCGGCAGGAUCGGUUCCUGGCCCGCGAGCAGUUGCGACUGCAGCUAAGGAAGCGGCCAGUGACGGGGAGCGCCUCGUGGUGCACGGCGGUGCUCCUCUAACGGCAGCUAGGGAAGGAGUUAUGGUGUCUCGCGCAUGCAAUGACUGUGGCCGCCGCAGCCGUGGCACUGUGGCAUCGCGCCCACCUUUACAAGGCACUCGCCUGCAUCGUCCUCGCCCUGAUCGCCGUCCAGUACCUGCUUAGCGGCGGCGUGCUCGAUCGCCACUCCAUCGAGACCAUUUUCACGAUCAACGCGACCAGAUACGCGGAUCGCUCGUACAGGACGCACCCGCGCGGCCUGAUCAUAUACGGCCCGGCGACUGUUGUGCCGAGCUCGAACGGCGGCAAUGUAUCCUCGACAACGAUACUCUCGAUAUUGGCCAAAGGCCUUUCAAACUCGUCUCGAUUCGAGCCCGUGCCAACCAAAAACCUGGUCGGCAACAAUGGAACUGGACGAGAGUUUCCGGUGGCGAACGCGACCAACAACGCGACGAUUCCACGCUGCCCGCUCAUUCCACCGAAUCUGGUUGGACCGGUGGUCGUUAGUAAAUCACCACCACCGAUGCCGGAGAUAGAGAAGUCAUUCGUGGAGGUGAAAGCGGGUGGCAGAGGUCGACCUGCGGACUGCGUCGCCAGGCAUCGCGUCGCCAUAAUCAUUCCAUUCCGCGACCGACCGCAGCAUUUGCAGACUCUCCUCUACAAUCUGCAUCCGAUCCUGCUGCGCCAGCAGAUCGACUAUCAGAUCUUCGUGAUCGAGCAGGAAGGCACCGGAGCCUUCAAUCGAGCGAUGCUCAUGAACGUUGGCUAUGUGGAGGCUUUGAGAGAAAGAAUGUUCGAUUGCUUCAUCUUCCACGAUGUCGACCUACUUCCGGAGGACGAUAGGAAUCUGUACACCUGUCCCGAGCAGCCCAGACACAUGUCGGUCGCAGUGGACAAAUUCAAAUACAGAUUACCUUACGCCGAUCUGUUCGGCGGCGUGUCCGCGAUGUCGCGCGAACACUUCCAGCUGGUGAACGGCUUCAGCAACGUCUUCUGGGGCUGGGGCGGUGAGGACGACGACAUGGCGAACCGUAUCAAGGCGCACGGCCUGCAUAUCUCGCGCUAUCCGGCGAAUGUCGCGCGCUACAAGAUGCUCACGCACAAAAAGGAAAAAGCCAAUCCGAAGAGGUACGAGUUCUUGAAGACAGGCAAGAAAAGAUUCUCUACCGACGGACUGGCCAACCUGCAGUACGAGCUGAGCGACAAGCGGAAGCCGAAGUUGUACACAUGGCUCCUGGUGAAACUAACGCCGCCGCAGCCCAGCUGAUGGCUACCUUGGCUCGGUUGAAGGCUCCUGCGCGCCAAAGUUUGCCUCUAGCGAAGUCGACGCGGCGCGACCGUUCGCGCCGUGAUAGCCACGUCCCUGGAGCUCACUUCUCAUCGAAGGAACAAAACUAAGAAAUGAAGAAUUGUUUACGUGACAUUCGCUUGCGGCAAACGUCCCGCGAAAUCACUCCCGAGAAACGCUGGGGGUCUCGGUUCAUCGACGAGGAGACGAAGUUCCGAACACGCGCCGGCCGUUUUUAUCCCUAACUGAUCUAGCUGUGGCCACCCGAUGAUUAAUUAUAUAUACUGGUAUAUAUAUUAGAUAUUAAUACUAUUAAUAUUAUUAAUAUCUAAUAAUUGUAUAUAAUAUGAAUGUGUUAUAUAAUCAUAUAUGCAGUAUAUAUUAUGUCAUACACGGUGGCUCCUUUAUAGCAAAGCGUUUGAAUGAAUAACGAGAAACGCUCCGUGCGAUUUCGUAAUCUUCGAUUAAAGAUUAAUACUGAUGCGAUCUCUCUGCAUCCGGGAUCUCCAACUGGUCCUGCGCCAUUCUUCUUUCAUCGACGUUUGGCAGAAAUUGAUUGCUCUCGUUAUCUUUUCCCCACGAUAUGAGAAAAGGUUGAUCAAGCUAGAGGAAUUCAGUUCAAGUGUAUCAUUUGCAUAUUACAUUAUUUGAGAGAGGCCCUAAAAUAAAAAAUUCUUGGCAGUUUGCCGCACAGAUAGGCGCGCAGGAUCAAUGCUGAAGCUGGAGCGCCGCGUCAGUAUUAGUUAGGGAGAGAAAAGAUGCUUCCACGUGGGAGUUAUUGAGUAUCUCGCCGCUGCGUGAGGGUCUCGCCCUCAGUUUGUUCCUCCUCUUCCUUCUAGGGAGAGGGGACGUUGUUACGUGAUAUAUUUUUAUUCCUCAUAUUUUUUUAUUGCGACGGUAGGCUAGAGAGCGAAUAGAGAAAUAGCAUAUGAGCUGAUGUGCCAAAGGAGAGAGUGUUUGUUGUGUACGCGUGUUGUGUGCGAAAGAAAGUAUGCGCGUGAGAGUGAAAGAGAGAGAGAGAGAGAGAGAGGAAAGCCGAGAGAACAAGGAAGUCCAAGUAUCCUUCUUAGAUGCGAACUAUAAUAUACGCAAAGCAAUCUGCCAUCGCUCGGAGGAAUCUUGAAGAGCUUCCGCUUUUACGGCUUAUACGUCCUGUCCGCCAAUAAACGAUCGCCAUGCACAGUAAAGCGAUUGAUUUCUCGAUCAGCGCAAGUGACUGUGUGAAAUGAAGAAGUGGUACUUAAUUGUUUGAUGAUGAACGAGUGUCGAGCAUGCAUAUGCGUUUGCGUUCGAUCACAUAUAUUUAGGCAUGAAAAAGAAAAGGAAAAUAUAGAAUAAAGACAAGGA